AGCCCCGCUGCUCCGCGGCUGUUCCCGGUUGGGGCGGUCGGGAUGCGGGUGCCGUUGGGCAGGUGCCUGCGGGGGGGCGGGCUGAUGCGCUGGGAAGAGCCGGCUCCAGGCGCGGGGGCCGGUGCCCCUGGGCACGCCGUGGGGCCGGGGCUGCGCUGCCCUCGGCGUGGUCACGGUGCCUCGCAGGUGACGGGUGGCGCCUGGCCAGCGGCACCCCAAAUUCGUAUUGCGUUGCUGGGAGGCACGGUCUACUAGACGACGCGUUUUCCCCUGCUUUUAUUAAAAAUGACAGUUAUGAAUUGUUCAGAUGAUCUGAAUUUAGUUGACCAGGCUAAAACAAAAUUCUAAGUACGUGCUCCGUUGCUGAAUUAUAAAUCCAAGCAAGCAGCAACCCGAAACCACCUACAGUGGGGCACGUGCACUGUGCAGCUAGGCCGUACACUAACCAGCAUUUCUGAUAAAGAGAUAAACCCCUGAUGUCUCCAAAGAAAAAUACAUUGUUUGUGGAGGUUUCUGCUAACUGGGGUGCAAAGGGUUAAGAAAUCCUGCGAUAGGCUGGUAGGUAGGACUGGAAUGCAUUUUGAUGGUUUUUGGCAGGUCAGCUUGUUUAACUGGUGUUUUGUUUAGAUAAAGGAGAGAGGAACUUGGUGUUUGUAACCUGUUACAUUAAUUUUUAAGAGAGUUCACACAGGAUAAAGCAAACGGUGAUAGAGCAUCCCAGUGAUGUAAAUACGAAUGGAAUUAUGUUAGGUAAUAGAGUAUAAGUACCUGCAGUUAGCUGUGGGAUUACAUGUGCCGUAUAGAGCUGAUUAAUAAAGGUGUAAAUUACCUUCCCUGAAUAAAGCUGUGCUGAAGUGGCUUUUCAGAGCUCUCCCCAGGGUGACACCAUGAGGCCUGCCGUGCCUUUUGUCUCCGAGCUGCUGCUGUUGCAAUGUGAAUGCCAGCCUUGUUAAUGGACUGACUUUCCUUUUGCGGCAAAGAAAAUGAACCCAUAUUCUUUUGGAUUUGUGCAAACACACGUCUCUAGAACAACUUUACCUAUGCAUAUAGAGCAAAACGCAUAUAAUGAAUUCAGCAGCCUAGCAACUUGAAGUAAUUUUUAGAAACUAGGUUUGUACGGAACAGUUGUCUUGAGGUAAAGGAGGUUUAGGAAUCAGUAAAUAUUCCAUUCCAUUGCCAUAGUUAAUGGCUCUUGAGAGAGGAAAAUAUGCUGACCCCUUCAGAAGCAAAAUGAGUAUCAGAAGGUGAACGAUUUAACACUUACACAGUCCACCAGCGAGGCCCAACUGUACUUCUUCAGGCUUCCAUGAUGUUUGUCCAGUGCACCUGGAAGUGUGCGAGCUCCGUGCUGCUGAUUGUGCUGCUGUGCUGCAUCCUUUCUCCCCCAGCACAAGCCAGCAAGAGCUCAGAGGACAUCCGCUGCAAGUGCAUCUGUCCCCCAUACCGGAACAUCAGUGGGCACAUUUACAACAAGAAUGUGUCGCAGAAGGACUGCAACUGCCUGCACGUUGUGGAGCCAAUGCCCGUGCCAGGGAAUGAUGUGGAGGCCUACUGCCUGCUGUGUGAAUGCAAGUACGAGGAGCGCAGCACCACCACCAUCAAGGUGAUCAUCAUCAUUUACUUGUCCGUGGUGGGGGCACUGCUGCUUUACAUGGCUUUCCUUGUGCUGGUGGACCCUCUGAUCCGGAAGCCAGAUGCUUACACCCAGCCCCUGCACAAUGAGGAGGAGAAUGAGGAUGCUCGCUCCUUGGCCACAGCCCCCACCCCGUCUGGCGCCAGAGCCAACACGGUGCUGGAGAGGGUGGAGGGGGCCCAGCAGCGCUGGAAGCGCCAGGUGCAGGAGCAGAGGAAGACAGUUUUUGACCGCCACAAGAUGCUGAGCUAGAUCUUUGCUGAGCUAUGUGGCACCACUUCCCAAAAGACAGGGAAGCUCCGCUGGUCAAGACAGACAGCAGGUCACCCUUCAGGACAUUCGUGGUGUUUGACUGACAGCUCUAACCCUCUCUGAUUUACCGUCUUCGUAGAGAGAAGCAGACCAAAAUGCUUGCCUCUGGUUUUGUCCCCUUGCCCUUUACCUCUCAGCCCAGAGGCUCCUUAACCCUCACCUGGCUGAGCUCUGCGCUGACCGUUAGCCCCGUGGCUGCAUGUAAGCGGUCAGUCGCGUGCAACGCUGCUGCCCCGGCCACGAGCUGGCUCCAGCGGGGCUGCAGCUCCAGCGCACUGUGCUCGGCUGGGCCCUGCAGGCACCACCUGCUGGGACUGAAGUCUCCGUCAGCCCACCCCCGCAUCAGAGACAGGGGUCUCGCUGCGGAGUGUUGGAAGCUGGCUGAGGCCUUCUGGGAUAAAUAUAGUGGGAUAAUUUUUAUGUGGGAUAAAUUAUGUGGCGCUCCUUCAGGACAAAGAAGCCACCCCCUCCUCCAGUUUACACCGAUGUUAAUUGGGUGUCAGGUGCUGAGACAAGUGUGUGGAAGGACGAGGAGGGGUUUCCCUGCCAACGGUCAGCUGCUGCUUGCACUUACCCUGGUGUAAACGGAGUGGAUUUCCACUCCCUUCAGUGGAGUCUGUCCAGAUCUACACCAGCAUAACUGAGACUGCAGCUUGUUUCUGUGUAGGUGCAUAUCACAGAACUGAUUAGUCCAUUCAGAAGUAAGAGACCAGCAGGUAAAAGGUUGAUUUACAUUCCUAUCUUUUCCUGCUUUAUCAGUGGAUAAAAGCAUACUGGGGAGGAAAGCCUUCCGUUUGUACCCACGUUGGUAACCCUUGGUGCUCUCCCUGGGGUGAAGAGCAUUUGUGUCCAGGAGAACUUGAGUAAAGGGUCUACUGGAGCACCGUAAACACUUGUCUGGGUCCUGGGGCCCUGGAAAGGGGACACUUGUGCUGCUCAAAACACUCGGAGAGCUCUGACUGUACUUGAGCUGUGUGGAGGAAACUGAAGUGAAUCUGCAAUGUAUAUACUGAUCCCACUGAGAACAUUUGUAAUGUCAGGAAGGUGCUGGAGUUUAUCAUGUAGCAUCUCUCUAUUAAAUGCAGACAAAGAUCUAGUA